AUGCAGAUCAACGAGGGUGCUCCGGCACCCGCCGAGUCGGCUCUGCUCAGCCGUCGGCGCAGGCGCAGGUCGCUCCCAGGGCAGAAGGGCAAGGGCGUAGACCCAACAUCGCCGGAACUGAUCUCGUCGCUGAUAUCGUCCCUGUCUACUAUCUCCGUGCCCCUGAACUCGCACUUCGACAACAUCCCGCGUAUUGACUCCAAGGGUUCCAAGGACUCUUCUGACCCUGGUUUGCCUGACGUGCCUCAUACUGCACCGUGUUUCACUAUCCCUCCUUCGCAGCAGAAUGGCUUUGGUCUGAGUUUUGGUUCCCAUUUAGAAGAGCAACAGCCAAGUCCAUUCCUACAUCCGGAUGAUGCUGCACUCCCGCCUAUCGUUCGCAUGGCUAGAGCGCCGCCUUCGCCCAAGGCUCCACGAUCGCCUCGUUCGCCAAAGUUCAAACGCUUUUCGAAAUCCGCCGAUACCUCUGGUCGGCCCGCGUCGCGGGACUCCUUUGCGUCAGUACGAGCCCCCGAAGAUAUGGUGUUUGGGACGAUCAGUGCGGAGCCAGGUCCACGCCUCUCAACUGCGGUCAGCACCGCUUCCAAUGGAUCAGGUCGAACGAAAAGCCUGAAGGGCCAAUUUGGCCAAUUUGGCCUGCUGAAGCGAUCUUCGUCGCGGGAAUUCUCCAACGAACCUGAUACCCAAGCCGACCGCUUACGGAAAUCAAACAGCCUCAACGAAAGUGCCCGCCAUAACAAUAUCCAUAAGCGGGCCAGCCUGCGAUCCAUGUAUUCGAUGGCAAACGUCACCGAAGAGGCCGGUUAUAGAAACUCGAGCGACGAGCCUGUUGCGAAUACGCAUCCAGCAGGGGAUCAAAGUACUUAUCAAGGAACAUCAGAUGCUUCAAACAACCCUGGGGGAAUUGGGAGUGGACGGGUAAUUCCGACACGCGAUUCUUCUUUGCGACACCGACAUAGCCAGUCCUCCAGUUCCAGAAAACGGAUGUCUGCCCGCCACAGCCGUUAUCCGUCUACCGCUAGCAGAGACUCGACUGCCGAGAACGGCCUUCCGGGAUCAAGUAAUGAUGCGGAACAAGUGACUAAACGGAUUCAGGAGCUGAAAGACCAGCAGCAGAAGAUUAAGACCGAACUGGAAGUGGACGACAGCCCGGGGAAUUCUCCAAAACCCGUUCAAAAGCAGACAAAGUCCGCACAUAUCUUCAGUCAAGUGGAUCACGGUCGUGGCACUCCGAACGAAGUUCAGAAUGUGACCCGGACCCCGGCUGAUCGUCCAAUUUUGAAUGAGAGUGCGCCUUCACCAUCGGUCAUGACCGGUAAGAGCCGAGUAUCAAAAUCAAACAUCUUCGGCUCUCCGAUGAGCAAAGCUCUCCCGGAAACCCCUGAACACGAGCGAGCCAAAUACCGACGAUCACAGGAACCCAUGACUCCGACUAGAAGCCACGCCCGUACAUCUUCCAUCCCGACCAUUGGCCGAUCUUCAACCUAUCACGAGAGGCCCUCUAGUGCAGAUUCGAUUGAUCUCGCGGUAGGAGAAUAUGUGUUCUCUCCCAAACUGACCCAAAAGGUCAUACACCCAACGUCCGGCCGAACCAUCGCAUUCUCAGAAGUAGGCGACCCCAAGGGUCAUGUCGUGCUGUGCUGCCUAGGCAUGGGCCUCACCCGCUACCUCCCCGCAUUCUAUGAUGAAUUGGCACGUACCUUGAAUUUGAGGCUGGUGACUUUAGAUCGACCUGGAGUGGGCGAAAGUGGACCGCAUCAACUGGAUGAACCAAGCAAUCCAUUGAGCUGGCCUGAUGAUGUCGCCAUUGUGUGCAAUCACUUGCGUGUGACCAAGUUCUCUAUCCUUGCGCAUUCUGCUGGCGCUAUCUAUGCCCUUGCAACUGCUCUCCGCAUCCCACAGCAUAUUCGUGCUCGGAUCCACCUCUUGGCUCCAUGGAUCCCUCCGUCCCAGCUCUCCAGCAUUGGCUCUCAAAAAGAGCCUGCCCCUUCCAAUGCCGUCCCAUAUUCGCAACGUAUCCUUCGUGCCUUACCCACAUCUCUCCUCAAGGUUGCCAACACCAGUUUCAUGAGCACUACGAGUGCUAGCAUCACGACCAGUCUUCCCAAAUCCCCUAAGCGAUCCAAGAAGAAGACAGCAAAAGAGCCACCAGUCCCAGAUGUGGAGUCUGUAGCUCCAGAGCUCACUCUGAAUCUCGGAAACGAUCAAGAAGACCCAGGUCCAUUGGGCGGUGUCAAAGCCUCGAACAGUUCCAGAGCCUCCCAUAGAAGGAGUGACACUACCCUUGGGUCUCGCGCUAAGUCUCCAGAAGAGGAGCGUGAACGGCAGCAGGACUAUGACAACCGGCUGACCCACAAAAUCUGGGAGCUGGCUACUACCAAUGCCAAUCCAGCCGUAGAUCUGCUGAUCUGCCUGGAACGACGCCAACCCAUUGGAUUUCGCUACGUGGACAUCACCCGGUCUGUAGUCAUCCACCACGGCAGUAAGGACACUCGUGUCCCCGUGGAGAACGUCCAGUGGCUGGGCAAGACCAUGCGACGAUGUGAGGUACGCGUUCUCGAGGGUGAAGGCCAUGGCCUCAUGGCAUCUGCAGGCGUAAUGGGCAACGUCCUGACGGAAAUUGCCAAGGAGUGGGAGGACUGGACUACCAUCGUUCAAGGCAAGCGUCGCGCUACUGUCCACCAACCCACACGGCCUGGAGUCUCAAUCCCUGCUUAA